UCCUCGCUAAUCACGGAGGGAUCCUCCUUCUCUCUCCUCGCCACCGCGGACGGGCCGUCCGCGGCCGCUAUAUAAAGCGGGAGGCAUCACGAGCUCCGGGACACACAGAGAGCGAGAGACCCGUCCGUCCCCCAUCCCACCCCGCCCGCCGCCGUCCGGUCCGUCGUUAGGGUUUCGUCGGCCUGCCAGCCAGACAGCCAUGGCGAUCCUCGGGGAGCUCGGGACGGAGAUCCUCAUCCCCGUCUGCGGGGUCAUCGGCAUCGUCUUCGCCGUCGCGCAGUGGUUCAUCGUCUCCAAGGUCAAGGUCACCCCCGGCGCCGCCUCCGCCGCCGCCGGCGCCAAGAACGGCUACGGCGACUACCUCAUCGAGGAGGAGGAGGGCCUCAACGACCACAACGUCGUCGUCAAGUGCGCCGAGAUCCAGACCGCCAUCUCUGAAGGGGCAACAUCAUUCCUUUUCACCAUGUACCAGUACGUUGGUAUGUUCAUGGUUGUCUUUGCUGCGAUUAUCUUCCUCUUCCUUGGAUCGAUCGAGGGAUUCAGCACAAAGGGCCAGCCCUGCACCUACAGCAAGGGCACCUGCAAGCCAGCCCUAUACACUGCUCUCUUUAGCACUGCAUCUUUCUUGCUUGGAGCCAUCACAUCUCUGGUGUCUGGUUUCCUUGGAAUGAAGAUCGCCACAUAUGCCAAUGCCAGGACGACCCUUGAAGCAAGGAAGGGUGUUGGGAAGGCAUUUAUCACCGCUUUCCGCUCUGGUGCAGUCAUGGGCUUCUUGUUGUCAUCAAGUGGUCUUGUGGUUCUUUACAUCACCAUCAACGUGUUUAAAAUGUACUACGGUGAUGACUGGGAAGGUCUUUUCGAGUCCAUCACUGGUUAUGGUCUUGGUGGGUCUUCCAUGGCUCUAUUCGGAAGAGUUGGUGGAGGUAUCUACACUAAGGCUGCUGACGUGGGUGCUGACCUUGUUGGCAAAGUUGAGAGGAACAUUCCUGAAGAUGACCCAAGGAACCCAGCUGUGAUUGCUGACAACGUCGGUGACAACGUUGGUGAUAUUGCUGGAAUGGGAUCAGAUCUCUUUGGUUCAUACGCAGAAUCUUCCUGCGCUGCUCUUGUUGUUGCUUCCAUCUCAUCUUUUGGAAUCAACCAUGAUUUCACUGCGAUGUGCUACCCACUGCUCGUGAGCUCUGUAGGCAUCAUUGUUUGCUUGCUCACCACACUCUUUGCAACUGAUUUCUUUGAGAUUAAGGCUGCAAACGAAAUUGAACCUGCUCUGAAGAAGCAGCUCAUCAUCUCCACUGCUCUAAUGACUGUUGGUGUUGCGGUCAUCAGCUGGUUGGCUCUUCCAGCUAAGUUCACCAUCUUCAACUUCGGUGCUCAGAAGGAAGUGUCCAACUGGGGCCUGUUCUUCUGCGUGGCAGUUGGUCUGUGGGCUGGUCUGAUUAUUGGAUUUGUGACUGAAUACUACACUAGCAACGCCUACAGCCCUGUGCAAGAUGUUGCCGAUUCCUGCAGAACUGGUGCUGCCACCAACGUCAUCUUCGGUCUUGCUCUGGGGUACAAGUCUGUUAUCAUCCCAAUUUUCGCUAUUGCUGUCAGCAUCUACGUCAGCUUCUCCAUUGCUGCAAUGUACGGCAUUGCAAUGGCUGCUCUUGGCAUGCUAAGCACAAUGGCAACUGGUCUUGCCAUCGAUGCUUAUGGUCCCAUUAGUGACAAUGCUGGUGGAAUUGCUGAGAUGGCUGGCAUGAGCCACAGAAUCCGUGAGAGGACUGAUGCUCUUGAUGCUGCUGGCAACACAACCGCUGCUAUUGGGAAGGGUUUCGCCAUUGGAUCAGCUGCUCUCGUGUCCCUGGCACUUUUCGGUGCCUUUGUCAGCAGAGCUGGUGUGAAGGUCGUUGAUGUCCUAUCUCCCAAGGUGUUCAUUGGUCUGAUUGUCGGAGCCAUGCUUCCGUACUGGUUCUCUGCCAUGACCAUGAAGAGUGUUGGAAGUGCUGCCCUCAAGAUGGUUGAGGAGGUCCGCAGGCAGUUCAACACCAUUCCUGGACUGAUGGAGGGAACUGCCAAGCCUGACUAUGCCACCUGUGUCAAGAUCUCCACUGAUGCUUCCAUCAAGGAGAUGAUCCCUCCGGGUGCUUUGGUCAUGCUCACCCCCCUCAUUGUUGGAACCCUCUUUGGCGUGGAAACCCUGUCUGGUGUUCUGGCUGGUGCCCUCGUUUCUGGAGUGCAGAUCGCCAUCUCUGCUUCCAACACCGGUGGUGCAUGGGACAACGCAAAGAAGUACAUCGAGGCCGGCAACAGCGAGCAUGCGAGGUCCCUUGGUCCCAAGGGUUCAGACUGCCACAAGGCCGCCGUGAUCGGUGACACCAUCGGAGACCCCCUCAAGGACACCUCAGGCCCGUCGCUCAACAUCCUCAUCAAGCUCAUGGCCGUUGAGUCCCUCGUGUUCGCGCCCUUCUUCGCCACGUACGGAGGUCUGCUGUUCAAGUACAUCUAGAGGACUCGUGAUGAGUCGAGCGAUGAUCUACAGACACUGUCACGAAUAACUCCCCCGCCUGCCUGCCCGCCCGCCCGCCGUUCGUACGUUGUGCGCUGCUGUUAUUUUUGGUUGUCAAUGUCAUCCCAGGAUUGCCGCAGUUACCUACCCCCCUUUCCCCUGGCCUCUUGAAGGCGUUAUGUUAGUCUCACCAUUACAUUACCGGCUUGUAGCUCCAUGUAGUAGAAGAGAGAGACCAGAUGUCCUCCCUCGUUGGUAUGUGUCUGGCAAAUUUUCCUCGUCCCAUGAUGACGACGAUAAUGUUUGAACCCACCCUUGAACAAUGAUAUCAUGAUGAUUGCUGUAUCA